CCAGUUCGUUCUUAUACAGUCAAUGGUUAAAACUCUUAUGCGCUCUACCAGCGCGAGUAAUAAAGUUUAGAAGAAAAAAGUUGGCGCUAACGGGAAGUGACGUAAUUUAUAUGUGCGUAGCGACUCCCAUUAUUAGGCUGAGGAAUAAAUGUGUUUUUAAAACGUCUAAACCGUGAUUAAUCAUGAUUGUAACUAUCUAUCGGGUUACGUCAUGAUGCAACAUGAUUUCCUCGCUGCUCAUUCUCGUUGGGUUGGUUUCGGUCCUGUCGGAACCAGCGUCCAGCUGCGGGGAGAAAGAAUUCAGAUCCAAGGACGGAUUCUGCUGCCCGAUGUGCAAUCAAGGAUUGCAUGUGAGCAGAGACUGCACGGAGGACCUGGGGACCAAGUGUCAGCCCUGUCCGGAGGGAACCUUCACGGAUAAGCCCAAUGGCCUGAAGAGCUGCUCCAGCUGCACUCUCUGCACAGGCCACGGCCUCUUCACCAGACACAACUGCACCGCCACAUCAGACACGGUCUGCUGGGUCGUGGACGGAUACUUUUGUCGGGCUCCUGAAAUCUCCGGGUGCAGCUUAGCAGAAAAACAUUCCCAGUGCAAAUCCGGGCAGAAGACGAAGGAACCAGGAAGCAGCACAGCAGACACUGUGUGUGAAGAUUGUCCUCCCGGCUCUUUUUCUGUGGACGGACUGAACUGCACACGGUGGACAGAAUGUUCUGAGUCUGAAAGACGAGAGAGAGACGGAAGUUCAGUCAGUGAUGUGGUUUGCAGCUCAGCAUCAAGAAAUCAUGUUGCCUCAUGUUGUUCCUUUGGCCUAUUUUUAUUAUCACUAAUUAUUGCAACUUUUAUAAAAGUAUUCCUGUUCACACAGAACUAAACAAGAACCCACAACGACGACUCGUUUCAUCUCUGAGGAACUUUCUGCCUGAAGACGUUUGAACUUCAUCUACAGUGGAGGCUCUUAGGACAAAACUCAAAACUCAUUUUUAGCUUUGUUUUAAAUAGCUUUUACAUUUCCUCAUGUUGUCAUUUGAUUAUAAAUUUUUGUAUUUGUAAAUUUUUUUAUUUUUGUUUGGGAUAUUUUAUUUUUUACUGUUAUUUCAGCCCA